GGGCUGUGGACCUGGAUGCUGUGGCAGAUGAGACAGAACGGAAAGCCUUGGAGGGGAUCAUCAGCAACUUUGGGCAGACCCCUUGCCAGCUGCUCAAGGAGCCCCAUCCUCCCCGACUCUCUGCCGAAGAUGCUGCCCGUCGCCUGGCACGGCUUGAUACCUACUCGCCAAACCUCUUCCAGAACCUUGACCAGCUCAAGGCCUUCUUUGUUGAGGGCAUCAGCGAUGGAGUUCCUUUGGUGUUGGCUGUAGUGCCCCAUCGGCAGGCUCACUCCUUCAUGACCCAGGGAUCUCCAGAUUUGCUGGUGACAGUGAGUGCCAAUGGGCUGCUGGGUACCCACAAUUGGCUGCCUUAUGAUCGGAACAUCAGCAACUACUUUACUUUCAGCAAGGACCCUACUGUGUCCAAUGCCAAGACCCAGAGACUACUGAGCGGCCCUUGGCCACUGGGUAGGGGCGUGAGUGGCCGUGCUUUGGCUGUGGCCCCAGAUGGGAAGCUCCUGUUCAGCGGCGGUCACUGGGAUGGCAGCCUACGAGUGACCAGCCUGCCCCGAGGCAAACUACUGAGCCAGCUCAGUCGCCACAUCGAUAUAGUGACCUGCCUGGCUCUGGAUCUAUGUGGACUCUACCUCAUCUCGGGCUCCCGGGACACAACCUGCAUGGUGUGGCAGGUCCUGCAACAGGGUGGUCUGUCAGCAGGGUUGGCUCCAAAACCAGUUCAGGUACUGUAUGGGCACGAGGCCGAGGUGACUUGUGUGGCCAUCAGCACCGAGCUGGACAUGGCUGUGUCAGGUUCCAAGGAUGGAACAGUGAUCAUCCACACCAUCAGGAGAGGUCAGUUUGUGGCCUCGCUCCAGCCUUUAGGGGGUGCGGUGCCUGGGCCUGUGGCCCACCUGGCCCUGGGGCCUGAGGGCCAAAUUGUGGUGCAGAGCUUGGCUCAGGAAAGACCAGGGGCCCAGAUGAGCUAUUUCCUGCACCUCUAUUCAGUGAAUGGGCGGCUGCUGGCAUCGCAGAAGCUGGAGGAGCAAACCACGGCCCUGGCCCUGACCGAUGCCUUUGUGCUGCUGGGCACAGCCCAGUGCAACCUUCACAUCCUCCACCUGCACAGUCUGCUUCCAGCUGUGCCCUCGAUGUCCAUGAAGGUGCCCAUCCACAGCGUGGCAGUGACCAAGGAGAGGAGCCACAUUCUUGUAGGGCUGGAGGAUGGAAAGCUGAUAGUGGUGGGAGCUGGACAACCGUCGGAGGUGCGCUCAGGGCAAUUUGCCAGGAGGCUUUGGAGAUCUACACGGCGGAUCUCGCAGGUGUCAUCUGGGGAGACGGAAUAUAACCCUCCCGAGGCAAAGUGAACAUCUGCCCAUGCCACCCCUCCCGGUGGGGCAGGCCCCGGGCCGGGCCCUCUGUCCCGGCGCCUGGCGUGCAGCAGCCGCUCCUCUCCUCUGGAAGGGGCCCGGAGAACAUAUGCACUGGCCCUAGGUCCCUUGGACUGGCAGGCCCCGCGCUCCAGCCCCGCUUCGGUGGGGGCUGGAAGCGCGGGAGAAGGCGGGGCGCUCUCAGUCUAGUCACUGGACAAAUCCCCUUUUUUUCUGAGGGAGCAGAAAAAGCCUCCCUUUCUCAGGCUAAGAGGUCUGGCACAAGCCUCUAGGCCUUGGGGCUGGGGAUUGUUGUUGGCAAGAUGGCAUGCCCCGCCCCUCAGCUCAGGGAUUGGUGGGGGCCGGCAUCCCUAGCAAAGGCCCGCCCCCUGGCAGGUAUGGGGGCGGGGCAGCGCAGCCUUUCUCUGGCUGGACCGGGGAAACGAGGCUUGGCAGUUUGUGGGUGGGGGCGAGGGGUGCCCCGCCUUCCCUGGGGAGCUAGCCCCUGGGCCCUGUCCACGUGGCAGCACUUUGCACAGCCUGGGGGUGGGAAGAGAGGGGAUGUCUGUGAUGGUCUGUCUUCCCCUUUCCAAACCCCCAAGCACAAAGGGGCCAGUGCCCGGUGCCGUGGCCUUAACCCUGUCCCUGUAAGUGGCCUUCCCCCACCAAUAAACCUGCUGAUUUUCUA